CCUGCAGGACAAGAGGAGCAACUGUGGAGCUGAGUGCUGCAGUGUUACAAUUAAAAAACACCAGUUUGUUGACACACUGAGUGGCCUUUGUGUGCGUGUAUCUGCUAUUCUUUACAUUUUAAGCAAACAAGAAAACUGACUUAUUAAAAAAAAUCUAAGAUAAUAAAUAACAUAAUCAUAAUAUAACAAUUAUUUAUAAGAAACAUCCAGAUAUUACUCUACUAGUUUAACAUUUUUUUAGUAUUUUUCCCAUACUGUUUAUGCAACACAGUCCUAUAUCUCAAACUGCAUAUUUGCCUAAGUAAGCUUUACAUUUUGUACACUAGAUAAAAAAUUAAAAUACUAAAUAUAAAGAUUAAAGAUUGGUAACUUUAACACUAGAGAUGUAAAAUUAUUUUUGUGCAGUUCUGCAGUUUUUUUUUAAUUUGUUUUAUAAAAUUACAUCUCUCUUAAUGUCGUAGACAUUCUUGAUUUUACCACUAGGUGGCAGUGAUGUCAUAAAAAUAUAUUGAAAUAUAUAUWUUUUUAUAAAUCUGUUUGAUGUCAUGUUCAUGUUUGCACUUUGUUGAAAUUAUUUAACAAUGUGCUCAAAAGUCACUAGUUUUGUCACAUUCAAGGUGCCAUAAAUUUAUGAACAAUUUAAUACAGUGACAAACUGGCUGGCUUUUGUAACAUUUAAGACUGAAUGGAAGUUGUCUUGUUAUGACACAAAACAAAAACAAAUCAGGAAAAUCUUCCCAAAACCACUUUUAUAUUGUCCAUUUGUGCUAAAUCCAUAAAUGUAGAAAUGUCAAACUGGCAGAGGGAUUAAAAAAGCAGCUUAGAGUCAUCAUGACACUGGCUURCUCUAAAAUGAAAUUAGUACAUUUCUGUUGACUCAGUUUGCUCACAUGGUGAGUGCUGGACUGUGUGCACUUAAACAGUUUCCAUAGAGAUGAAAACAGUUUACAGCAUAAAGUAGUGAAGGUCAUUUCUGGGUCUCUUAACAAGGCAGUGUUGACCAUCAUUACUAAUAGCAACUUWUCAGUUCUUCAAAUCAGAAAACACUACUUUUAGUUAAAUCUGGGGUACUUGUGCUCGUGUUUUCUUUUGAUGCUGCUUUAUAUAGGAUUGCAUCAAAUUUAAACACAAAACAAUAAACUUUUUCCUCCCACAAACAAACAUCAUAUUUGCAUGACAGGAUAAAAGGGUCUAGUUAUUUUAAACUGAAAUAGCCGUUCCAAAGCCUCUCCAGUACAGAACUUAUUGUUUCGACUUAUAAAAUAAUAAAUGUUUUUGAUUUGCGGCCUCUUUCUUUACAGGAUUUUUAGUAUUUCUUGGWUUUAAAAAACUGUUUUCAUGUUGAUUGCUACAAAUCUGAUGAGAAAAGAGAAGAGCUCAUCAGAUAUGAGUUUUCGUGGUGCGUUCAAGGCCAACUGUCAGCGCAUUAGGAUGUUUUUGAUUUACUGCAGCUGGGAAUUAUGCAGAAUAACGGCACAAAUCCAUUCAACAUGAACAUCUUGGUAUGAUUUGAUGAACAAGGAACAGUUAGAUUUCAGUAGAAAAUUUAUGAUAAAAUGUAGUUUAAAUAUAAACUAAUAUGGUGGAGAAAUGUUAAAUUAACUGAAGUGGAUCUCCAAAGGUUCAGUCUAAACACAAAGUACAUCUCUGUGCAUAGAUUUCUUUUACAUUUUACACUUUCUUUCCUUCAUCAAGAUUCUUUAUUGUAAUUUUUCAGCAAGAUUUUAAUGAAGCCCAGGUUUUUGGAUUAAAAGCUAAUCACCCUGACGUUAUCUGGUGUUGCUGGCUGCGAAAAAAUCCGGCCCAGAUGGGAGGAACGUUUGAUUGUUUCGCUUUUAGGAUUCCCUAUCAGUCAAUUGAUGGAUGGAAACACACACAUGGUAAAGGAAUGUUUCAUUAACUGCAGAAUUAAAGACCUGACUGCAGAGAGUGUGUGAGCAUGAAUGUGUGCAGGUCUGUGUGGCAAACACAAAGGACAGAGCAACACAGAAACCAGGAGCGAUUUCAUUGUGAACWGAUACCGAUCAACGUGAUCAGAGCAGAUGUAUCACGUCACCGUUCUGCUGAACAAAUAUCUGUUCUURGCAUGAAAACUGUCAGCCUCCAUUACAACUCCAGCUCUGAAAAAGUYGGGAUGCUCUGGAAAAUGWAAAUAAAAACAGAAUGCAAUCAUUWGCUAAUCUCAUCCACACUCAGUUCAAAGCCUGCCUCUCUGUUGAUAUGGGGGUGCAUGAAUGCCUCUYGCAUGGGCAUCUCACACAUCUGGAAAGGCACCAUGAAUGCAGAAAAUUAUAUGCAGGUUUUCGAACAACAUAUGCUCCCAUCCAGCUAAGACGGGUCAGUACUGUUAGAAUCGGAGAAAAACGGGAAAACAUUCGCCUCCAAAAACUCCAGGUCUCCUCAGUUCCUCUGUKUUUACAGAGUGUUAAAAGCUGAGGGGAGGCUUUACAGUAAUAAACAUGAUCCUGUCCCAACUUUUCUUUUAGACAYGUUGCUGCCAUAAAAUUCAAAAACUGAACAAUUUUAUAGUUUAAACAUUUGAUAUGUUUACUAUGUGUGAAUACAUUGUAUUGUGGAUACAAUGUAUAUAUUUUGCAAAUAGUUUUCUGUUUGUUUACAACUUGUAUAUUGACUCAGCUAUUUUAGAGACGGAGUAUAAAACUGUCCAGACUGAGUGCGUUGGUGUUGGUGGUGUUAUUAAAGGAAAGUCACAGCUCAGAUGGAAACGUGAUGCUUUACACGCAAAACAGACGAGUGAAAUGAAACUAGCUAGGGGUGCAACAAUACAUCGAUAUUUUGAUGAAAUCCUUAAUGAUUCAAUUACAUCAAGGCAAAACUAAAACAUUGAUGCAUAUCGWCAUCAUAUGCCCAUCUAACACAGUGAUUGUGUUAGAUGUGAUGUUGAUCAUGCUGAUCACAGAUCAGCCCACUGGCUUCUCUGCCGGAACUGGAUGGAGAUGAAGAGUCCUGCMAGGAAGCCCGGGCAGCAAAGCUGAACUGAUGGUCAAAUGUUUGUGCUAGACUAUAUGGGAAAAAAAAUCCCCUCAGUGUUUACACGAUCAGGGACAGAGCGGGCUGAGCCAGCUCAUCGGGGGAAUUCAAAACACUCCAUCCUAAAAGGGCAACCUGAGGCGRAAAAAAAAAAUCCCCUGCAGCCCAUAAAAGGGUAAAGGCAGCAGCGAGGGUAUUAUCAACAAUCAAAUCGUAGCAACCAGAUCUAAAUGUAAUCCUUGCUAAACUACUAAAUCAAACUUCUCUGCCCUUUUUAAUCACAAUGCAACUUCUCAUCAUUAUUAGUUUCCAUGCAGCCUGAGCAUCAGGCUGUUUUGUUGUGGCAAAGCAACGACGGAGAUUUAUGCUUAGAUAUUGAGGGGAAAAAAAUGUGGCGCAAUGAUAAUAAAUCAACGAGUCUGUGCUGAGACUGAAACCCCUCAAGUAUGUAAACAUUUCUCUAACACUCGUUCAUUGCACGUUGAGGGGAAAAGGACACUUAUUCCUGGCUUUUAUCCUUCCAACAGUUGCCAAGUGUCAAGUGAGCUCAUCGUUGCAUUAGCAAUAAGAGGAAGAAGAAAAGGAGGAGGAGGGAUGGUUCGAUUUGAGAGUUAAAGCAGGACACAGCAGCACAGAGAUGCACUGUAAAUGUUCAGGCACUGAUUUGAGCAGCUGUUAAUUUGAAAAGCUCAGAAAAAUACAGAAGCAUAAAUUAAAAUUUUGGUUUAUAUUUGACGCAAAAUUACUUUUAAAACUUUGUUUCAAAAUAACAGUGGGAAAAGAGGUUUGAGGAGGCAUACAGUAAAUGUCGUUUCAGUUCUAUUUCUGUGAGUUUCAUUUGGUCAUUUUAACAGAAAACAUUGAGCCAUUUUGCAUGAAGUAAUAUUUUUAUGUGCCCCAUGUAAGAUGACGCAAUGAUUUCCAUGGAAAAAYAUCGGUCAGUAGUGAUCCUUAAUCCUUGGUACAUUUAGAGAUCUGUGUAGGACCAUUAUUCUGGUUUUUUUUUUAUUAACUUCCUUUACAAACAGUGGUUGCUUUCAUAACUUGCGGUUAUUUAAUAAUCUGUUGUUUAUUAUUCUUUCUAUCUGUAUGAUGUCCCCUGUUCGUCCCAAUAUGUCCCAAUAUAUGUAUUUAAAUACAGUACUUAUUUAUAUUUCUAAUCUAAUUAAGACAAGACAUGAUAAGAAAAGAUCAAAACGAUAUGAUAAGAUGAUCAAAUGUAAACUCAAAACUUUUAAGUGAAAUCACUAUCACAGCUGCACGAAACACGUUGCUAUCUCUGCUUACAGGCUUCUCCAGUAAUGUGGAUAUUCAUCAUCAUGACUUUUUUUCACGUAGAUAAAUUUCCCUCCCUUGGCCUCCUAAYGAUGAUGGUGAAGAAGUCAAAGAUUUAUCACGCUGAUGCCUAGAAACACAAACAUCUUAAUCAAGGCGUUUCAAUCAGCUGUGGCGUUUAAACUUUACAAAAAGCAGCUGGGAAGAAAAAAGAAAAACUAUGACAUUCACUUUUACCAGUUUUCACUUCUAACCUGCUGCUAAACAAAUGAUUUCCUGUCGUUUCAAGAGCAGCUGAGAAACCCCUCGAGACAAAACAAAAGCUGCGCACAGAUCAAGUUUCCACCUAAAAAUAGGGUAGUUAAGUGGUUUAACAAGCCUUACAAAUUGGACAAACUUAUGAAACAUCAAAUGUCUUUGCGCGCUACCACUCAAACCUUACAUCCCGUGGCGGUACUGACAUCCAAACCUGUGCUCUGAAAAACUAAAGCCUCAUUAUCUACACUCCCUGCCAAGCAGAUGCCUCAUUUAGCUCAUGUGACUGUGUUUUUUUAACCUUUUUUUACAGUUAAAGAGAACUGUACACAGGGAGAUUAGCUUCUCUCCACAAAGAAAACUCUCCGCAGUUCCAGCUCUUGUUGAGGAUUAGCGCAGUCUGAAUAAAAUCAAUAGUACAUGAGAUAUUUCUCUCUUUGGCUCUUCAUCUGARUCCAGCAGUCUUCCCGACAAUCCUUGACUUUUAUGACUCAAAAGCUCAACUACACAAAGCUCACAGUAAAAAUGAAAUAUGCUCCUGCACACUGUGGUAACUACCUCUUGGCUCCGAGCUGCAGCCGGUCCUGGUGCUUCAAAUGCAUAUUUUGACCCGUUGACAUCUGUCAGUCACAUGUCUGUGGAUGCACCGACAGGAAGCUUGGGAAGCUCGGGCCAAAACAACUGUGACACACAUGUAUGUUUAAGCCUGCGACACAUUUAUCAUUACAGCAUGGAACAAGAAUGCAUGACAAAUGGUCCUCAUUAUGUGAUGUGAACAGAAAGAAGAUAAACGGKACUGUAACAAUGUGGUUACAAUGAAAAGUGUGUUUUCUAAAACAUGUAAGUUAUGACUGGUUUCUAAUUGUUGCAGUGACUGUAUUUCUGCUGCUGCAGUGAGGUUGAAUUGGUUGAAGUUUUCUCAAGCUAAUCGCUGUCCCGCAGGCUACAUCUGCUGACAGGUACAUCAAAACAGUCUUUUUCCCCUCCACCUGUUUCUCCUUUGAGACGCCUCACAGAUUCUCUKCUGCUGCUCAGCUCCAUCGUUUCUCCUCCCUCUGAUUCUCCCUCCCACCUCCCCUCACUGUCACUGCGCUUCCCAAACAGAGUUUCUACACAUGCUCCCUCCUCUGAGUUUUACUAUUUCUUCUCGAGACACAAUGAGGUUAACAACGUUGUGCGUGUGUGGGACCCUGCUGGCCUUCUCGAGCUGGAUCAGGGCGGAGGAAGGACCGCUCCAGGGGGAUCGGGGAGUCCGGCCUUGCGCUGCCAGCCUGAGGCCAGAGGGAGCGUGCAGGCCGGGGCAACAUGACGGCACGUGCCCUUACCUGUUCAAUUUGCCCCCGCUGACCGUUCACCUGCCACGGCAUCUCAGAGAGCUGGAGAACAUCAUGCAGGACCUGAAGAAACUCAAGGACAGCGUGGAUGAGCUGAGGAAGAUGUGCGUAGACUGCACAGAGAGCCGGACUGAGAGAAGGUGUGGGGUGCAGAGGGGAAAAGAGCUCGGGAAGCAGAACGAAGGUAAGAGUGAGGAUGUGGGGAGCGGGAUGAAUGUGAGCCUUGAGGAGGGGGAUUUCAAACAAGAGCGUGGAAACGAUGGAGAAGAGGGGGGAAAGACUGACGGAGAUAACAGCACAGAAAAAAGCWGGAUUCUGGAAUGGGAAACAGACAGAAAGAGCAAAAAAGAAGUUGUAAAAGAAAACAAAGGAGAAGAGGAAGAUCCAACAGAAUUGACAGAAYGGGACAGAAAACCAAAAAAAGAGUCUGCAGGAGGCUUGGAGCAAGAAAAGGUGCCAGCUGCUGGUGGAAACACGAGAAUGGUCGAUGUGACAAGUGAAGAGGCUUUUGAGACAACUCACGGGGAGACAACRGACCUGUUAGAUGCACUAAAAGGAAACUUGAAAGGGUUUCAAGAAGAUAUGUUGGAGAACGAAGAGGAAGAAAAGAUGUCCACUAGUGUGAAAAAUAAGGAAAAGACAAAAGAAGAUGGUGACCUUUAUGUUUGGCGAGAUGAGAUAAACAGAACAGACAAAAAGACCAAAACAGAAGCCGGUGAUAGAAUAAAGAUGUCUGAAAACCAUGAGAACCGCGAGGAGAAUAUAAAUAAGGAGCGAGAGCAGCACAGGGAGGAGACGAGGAAGGAAGAGGGAAUAAAAGUGGACCAAAAUAAUGAGAAACUAAAACACACCGAGAGCACCGGGCAGACUGAAAAGGAGAAAGCURUAAAAGAGGGGGAGGUGGAUGAAAAGGGCAGGGAGAUGGGGACAGAGAUAAAAACAAAGAGUGUGCAGAGAAACASUGAUGGAGCCUUAUCCUGGAGGAAAACAACAGAAGGGACAGACUUUUUAUCAAUCAGCCCAACUCCAACUUCUACAAAAAAAUUAGCUUCAAAACCGGACCCAAACAAAGUUACAAUCUUUACAUCAUCCCUUCCAUCACCUCCUGUGCCCAGUUCCACUUUAAGCUCAAUCRCAGAUGUUAGUCGUGACACAAAAGAUGUUUAUGGACCGACGCCAAGCACAGGCCUCGGAGCAGCUGAUAUUUCUGAGGCUGAAAGCCGUGAUGCAGAUUUAGUCCCAAGAACCACCGCUCCAGGUGGCGACAGACAGGAGAUAACCAGCAAAACAACUGGGUUUAACCUUGGAGCUGGUUUACAAGACCACGAAAGGUCAACUACGACAGCUCCUCAUCAGAAAUUAACCACCACCGCAUCUCCAAGAGUUACAGAUCACCGCCGCUGGAYGCCUAAAAAGAACAUCAGUUCAAAUAUCAAGAGUGGCCUGAAACUUCCACCGGGGCGAGUGCUGAGGCCCGGUGACAAGCAUAAGCCUGGAAUUAAGCCUGAAGCAGAGCAAAAGCUAAAAAAUCCGAAGAAUGACCGUAAACCUAACCAAGCUCCUGCUCCUGACAAAAAAACUAAAUACAUCCAGAAGCAGAAGCCUGCUCCUCCCAGAGCUACGUCUGAAAAAUCCAAACCUGGCAAAGACUUGGAAAAUAUACACAUUUCAAAACCUGAUCAGAAAACCACACCUCCUAUUUUAGCUACUGAUAAAAAUCGGAAAAACAAUUUAACACAACCCUCACCUCAGAACGAGUUGUUGUUUCAAAAAMCAAAACCUUCUGUUCAUAAACCUGCACCUCAAAGACCUCAAACUGUACAAACAUCACAUUCAGGCAAAGAUCCUUCCAAUAACAAAAAGCAAGUUCUGGAUGAAACACCUAUUAUCGAUCAAAACUCUAAAUCUGAGACAAGACUGGUUCAUUCUUUUACGACUAAUAAGCCUGAUCAAACAGGAACACAUGAAAAAGAGACUGAAAAUGAAGAAAAAACUAAACUCCAUGAAAAGGAGUCAGACUCUAAAGCAAAACAGACAGGAAGUUUCACACCAAAACCUAAACAACAGCAUCUAACAGAGUCGGUGGAAACAUCUGACAAAGAUCCGUUACAGGAGCCUGAGUCCAGAUCAAAUGUAAAACCUGGACAGAAAAUUACAUCAAAUACAGUUAAUGUAAGUUUUGAUCAAAUUAAUAAAUCCAGUCAGGAAAUUCCUGAAAGAAAACGCAAACCUGUGCAAGAGCCUAAAAUUAUUAAAAGUGAAACAGUUACAGCAAAACCUUUAAGUGACAAUGUAAAAAAAUCUGAUGAAAAUCCUUUAGAGGAGCCCGAAUCCAACUUGGAUUUAAUAUCUGGAAAAAAAAUUGUAUUAAAUCAAGCUAACGAAACUUCUGAUCAGACGAAUAAAUCUAGCCAGGAAAUCUCAMAAAUUAAACCUAAACCAAUUAAAGAGCCUACAUCUAAAACUGAAACAGCUGCACCAAAACAUAACCAAAAGCCUUCUGCCGAGUCUGUGAUCAAAUCUAAUAAAAACAUUGUGCAAGAGCCUGAAUCUAACACAGAUUUAUCAGGACAGAAAACUACAUCUGACCAAGUUAAUGCAACCAGUGAUCAGGUGRAUACAUCCAAUCAAAGAACUAGAAUAAAACAACAACCUAAAUUUAAACAGUGGCCUAAAACCCAUAAAAGUGAAUCCGGCACAACAAAUCCCAAACAAAAGACUUUAACUGAACACAAGUCUGCCGAAAAACCUGAGACUGAAUCCAAUCGCGAAACUUUCAGAAUUAAACCCAAACCAAACCAAAAACCUAAACCAAAAACUGAACCAAAAACUGAACCAGCAAGACCAAAACCUGUCCAAAAAUCUUCAACUGAGUCUGUGGUUGAUGAAAAUCCUUUACAGGAACCUAAGUCCAACCAAGAUUUAAACAAUGGACAAUUAAUAUCCAAUCCAGUCAAUGCUACUUCUGAUGAGAUGACUAAAACCAGACAGGAAAUCUCCAAAACCAAACCAAAAACUAAACCUAAACUGACUGAAGGCUCUAAAACUGAAACAGCCACACCAAAAGCUGACCAAAAGCCCUCAUCUGGACAGAAAACCACAUCUGGCCAACUUAAUGCAACCAGUGAUCAGGUGAAUACAUCCAWUCAGGAAAUUCCUAAAAUUAAACAACCACCUAAGUUUAAACAGUGGCCUAAAACCAAGAAAAGUGAAUCUGGUAAACUAAAUCCCAAACAAAAACCUUUACCCGAGGACAAAUCUGCUGAAAAUCCUUUAUCCAGCCAAGAUUUAAACAAUGAACAAACAAUUAUAUCAAGUGGAGUUACUGCAGACUCUGAUCAGACGCCUGAAUUUAGCCAAGAGGUCCUCAACGUUAAACACAAACCAAAGUCUAACCAAGAGCCUGAACCUAAGACUGAAACAGCAACACCAAAACCUGACUAUACACCUUCAACUGAGUCUGAGGUUGAUGAAAAUCCUUUACAAGAGCCUGUAUCCAACAAACAUUUAAACAAUGAACAGACAAUUACAUCCAAUAGAGUUAAAACAACCUCUGAUCAGAUGCCUGAGUCCAGCAAAGAAAUCCUCAGCGUCCAACAUAAACCAAAGCCUAGCCAAGAGCUUGAACCUAAGACUGAAACAGCAAAACCAAAACCUGAUCAAAACCCUUCAACUGAGUCUGACAUCAAUGAAAAUCCUUUACAAGAGCCUGAAUCCAGCCAAGAUUUAAACAAUGAACGGACAAUUAUAUCCAGUCCAGUUACUGCAAUCUAUGAACAGACGCCUGAAUUCAGCCGAGAAAUCUUCAGCAUUAAACACAAACCACAAUCUAAAAAAGAGCCUGAACCUAAGACUGAAAGAGCAACAUCAAAACCUGGUCAACACCCGUCAACUGAGUCUGUGGUUGAUGAAGAUUUUGUCAAGGACCCUGAAUCCAACCAAGAUUUAAACCAUGAACAGACGAUUACAUCCAGUCAAGUUAAAACUACUUCUGAUCAGAUGCCUGAAUCCAGCAAAGAAAUCCUCAUUGUUCAACACAAACCAAACCCUAGCCAAGAGCCUGAACCCAAUACUGAAAUAGCAACAUCCAAACCUGAUCAAAACCCUUCCACUGUGUAUAUGGUUGAUGAAAAUCCUUUCCAGGAGACUAAAUCCAACCAAGAUUUAAAAAAUGAAUGGAAAAUUACAUCCAGUCCAGUUACUGUAAUCUAUGAACAGACACCUGAAUUCAGCCAAGAAAUAUUCAGCAUUAAACACAAACCAAAGUCUAAGAAAGAGCAUGAACAUAAGACUGUAACAGCAACACCAAAACCUGUUCAAAACCCCUACAAUGGGUCUGAAGUCAAUGAAAAUCCUUUACAUGGGCCUGAAUCUGACCAAGACUUAAACUAUGAACAGACAAUUACAUCCAAUCCAGUUAAAAYUAACUCUGAUCAGAAGCCUGAAUCCAGCCAUGAAAUCCUCAGCACGAAACCAAAACCAAAUCAGGAACAUGAACCUAAAACUGAAACAGUGACAUCAGAACCUGCCUAUAACACUUCAACUGAGUCUGUGGUUGAUGAAUCUCUUUUACAGAAGCCUGAAUCCAAGCAAGACUUAUUACCUGAAAAGGAAACUAAUUAUGAUCAAGUUGAAGCAACCCUUGAUCAGAUAACUGAUUCCAACCAGGAUGAUUUAAAAUUUAAACACAAACCUAAUCCUAACAAAGAGCCYAAAUCUAAGAAAAGUGAAACGGCUACACUAGGACCUGAUUGGAAGUCUUUAAAGGAGUCAGCAGUCAAAUCUGAGGAAAAUCCUUUACAGGAGCCUGAAUCCAAUAAAGAUUCAACAUCUGGACCGACACAUGCAGCAGAUAAAGCUAAAAAAGUCCCUGUUCAAAAGUUUAAACCCAAUGACAAUACCCCUAUUAUAAACAAAAGACCCAAACCUGGUCCAGAGCCCAAACAAAACCAAAAACAUCCAAAGCCUGUCGCAGGCUUAAAGAACAAACCAAACCUUCACACUGAGCGGGCACCCCAAACUAAUACAAGCUUUAAAGCACCAAGACCUGAUCAAAACCCCAAACUAAAACUCYUUUUCAAGCCUAAAAACAUCCCAUCAGCAAAAACCAAUGGAACAUUAAAACCAAGACCUCCUUUUCAACAAAGGCCAUUAACCAGACCUUGGAUUAGGCCUGGAGCAAAACCCAUUCAGAGGCCAAAACCCCCAAUGCGACCAAAGCCAAGUCUAAAGACUAAAACACAUGUAGACCCACCUAAAAUCAGCUGGGCACCUCCAGAAAACAUCCCAAACUCUCAAACUGACAUKCCAUCUACAUUUGGAUCUGCAACACAGAUUUCUGAAGUGACUCAUUCCCCAGGAGAGACUGAYCUCAGCACGAUCACGAGGAAAACCGUCACCCUGGGUCCAAAGACCUCUGACAGCUUGGAAAGUAGACACUUCCCUCAUCUUCACACGCACACCGAAGACUUCACGUUGAGUCCAAACAGCCGGAUCGCGUCUGAUCUGAAGCCACAAACAGUCAGUCGGCCACCAUCCAUCCCAAUGACAACAAGGUCAGACAAAACCCACCGUGGGACGCUCCAACGUGUUAUCUCUAGCACCAAUCCAGGAUCCACACAGCCGAGUACAGUUCCAAAAUCUGACUUCAGCGCUCAGGAUAAGACACUUUACACAACAGAGGAAACUGCACCUGCAAACUUGAUCCUUUCCCCCAGUUUGGAAACUACUUCCACACCCAGCCCAGAUUUCAGGUCAAUGAUCCGGACCACCACUGGUCCUGAACCUUCGACUGCCRAGCUGACCACUCCCAGCGCACGAGAGCUGAGAGUGAAAAUCAACCAGGUGGCUGCUUAYGUCAACAACAACCUGAAUCCUAAAGGGGGACCAGUAGCUGGGCUUCCAAAGCACCACCUCGAGGGGUCCAAGAGAGGCAGCGGACCUGACACACAACUACCAACAUCUGUACAAACAAAAGUUAUGAGAGACUGUUCAGACCAUCUGCUGAGAGGCGAGACGAGAAGUGGGGUCUACCUGGUGACCCCUGACCUCCGCAGCAGCAGCUUCCAGGUGUUCUGCGACAUGGAGCGGGACGGCGGAGGUUGGACCCUCCUGCAGCGCCGGCAGGACGGCAGCGUGAGCUUCAACCGCACCUGGGCGGAGUACCAGUCCGGCUUCGGAGUGCUGGACGGAGGAGAGUUCUGGCUGGGCAACAGGAUGAUCCACCUGCUGACCCGCGACCGGGACAUGACGCUGCGGGUGGAGCUGGAGGACUUCGAAGGAGUUACGGAGCAUGCGCAGUACGAGCAGUUCAAGGUGGCGGGCGAGCGGCAGCGCUACAGGUUGACGGUGGGCGGGUACUCCGGGACGGCAGGUGAUGCUCUGCGGUUCAGCAAAAGGUACGACCACAACAACAGGGCCUUCACCACCCCGGACAGGGACCACGACCGGUACCCGUCAGGGAACUGCGGGGCCUAUUACAGCUCCGGCUGGUGGUUUGAUGCCUGCAUGGCCGCGAACCUGAACGGGAAGUAUUAUGUCGGAAACUACAAAGGAGUCCGGGAUGGGAUUUUCUGGGGCACGUGGCAUAAUAUAUCAACAGAAUAUUACCCUACCAGUGAGAGACAGUCUUUUAAGUCAGUGAGGAUGAUGAUCAGACCAAAGAGCUUCGCACCUUGAACUGGGAAUCAACAGUGAUCGAUAUGUAGUCAGAAGAUGGUCCUGACAAGUUGUGUAAUCAGUUCACUUAUUAUUAUCAACGCAAUGCUGCCCCCUUGUGGCGGUAAACUGGGCAUUGUUUACAAAGUUACAAGAACUGAUGUAGGUGUUGAAUCAAGGCCUGUGGGCCAAAAAAUGGUCCUUGUUUCGAUUUUAUCUGGCCCAUAGCGUUGUGUUUUAUAUAUAUUAGAACUGUGACGGAUUGAAUCUCUUUUGUUUGUCAUUUUGCUUUAAAAAAAGACUUGUCAAAGUUAAGAAAACAUAGACGCUUCCAGUAAUCUUCAUACCAGGAGUGAAAACACCACAGUUUACUCCAGCUUUCUCAUAAUGGUGAAAACGUAGUGUUAUUACCUUAUCAAGAAAUGGAUGCUAAUGCCAAUUAGCAAUUGUUAAAUGUGACUUUUUAUCUUUAACUAAGUUUAUCUGUUUGUUUUUUUUAAUAGCAAUAUUUUGAUAUAUUACAUCUGAAAACCAAGUUCAGUUUAAAUCAAUACAAUAAACAUGGAUUGAAACUGACCUAAGGUAUAAUUUCAGCCUCUGGUGUACAUAGUUUGUUUUUGUUUUGUUAUAAUCCAUUUGAAACAAAUUGUUGUUGGGUGUUAAAUUUUUUGACAAGCUAUUUUAAUGGCUAUCUGAAGUGUCUUUGACGGGUAUGUAGCAAGAUUGUUUUUGUUUUGAUUUUUUUUAGCCAGUUGGUAAAGGAUUCAGACUGAGAUCUUUUAUAUAAAAAUAAAUUUGUUUUACUGAUAAACUGAA